UAUGAAUCUUUACCGUUGGAGGGGAGUUUGAAAUGCAGUGUAUUUUCACUCUUCUGACCUUGUUUUUGCUAAUUGUUAGAAUUACCAGUGAUUGUGUGGAUAUUUUGUCGGGAUGUAGGAAAGCUUGUUUGAGUAAUGGCGAGUGCAGUGUGUCAACAGGGUACCUAUGCCAGGAACAAGUGUGUCAAGGGAAGUGCCACCUUAAAGCUGACGUGAGUGGUAGAAACGCUACCCUAACAUGGAGGGAUUUCAAACCACCAGAUUAUCAAUUCGAAUACAGUGUAACUUUCUCAACAUCUAGGGCAUCAGAAUUCAUAACAUGGACAAAACUAGAAGUUGGCUCACUUCCUGUUUGCUACCUCUAUGAUCUAAAGCCAGGGACCAUAUACUAUGCUGCUGUUGGGAUUUGGAAAGACAAAAAUUUCUUGGAGUAUGAAGAAACAAGCGAGAUUAUAUCAUUCAAGACACUAGACGCUGAAUUCUGUACGCUUGGAAUGAAGAAACUCCAUGUCGGUGAUAUCCUAACCAAUGGCUGUGAAGACAGGUGUGUGUGUCAGAGUACAGGAGAGCUGAAUUGUGAGCCGUUGUGCGAUCAAUAUCGAAACCAGUCCGUUAAUAGUACCCACCACGGUUGUCAUCAGGAGACCACUGAAGAUGGCUGCUGUACCUAUAUCAAAUGCUCAUCAAUGCCAAUAGCUGGCUCAAACCAAACACCCAUUAUUCCAAAUACAGCAGAUCUGGUCAGCAUUCAAAUUUUACAGAAGUCCAGUGAUUGGGUGAGACUGAAUGCCAGUUACAGGUCCCAGCCUGCCGUCAGCCUUGUCUUGUUGUGUAUAAAACAGGCCAACAAAGAGAACAGCACCUUGGAGAUCGACACCGAGGGGUACAGUCAGAGACUCUAUCUCAUAGACAGACUCCAGCCUGGUGUAGAGUAUGCGCUGUGGAUGUGGCUUGUACUUGUCAAGAACCACACUGUGUCCUCACCUAAAGUGUACUUCAACACCACGGCCAGAAAAUCAGUCUGUACCAACUGUACACAACAUACAAGUAUGAAUGUAAAUACGUUCCAAUCCUCCAGCUCACACUCGGGUCUGUAUGUUGGUCUGACUGUUGGAAUUUUAUCAGUUAUUGGUAUCGCCUUCAGCAUGCAAAUCUUCCUUCUUUUAAGAAAGAGAAAACUCCGAAGCAAAAAGAAGACAUUAUUCUUUGUGAAGGGAACAUUUGGAGUUGAAAGACUCAUGAAAGAUGAAGAAUUGCACAUGUAACUUGCGCAAAAACCUCAAUUAUUUAUGCAAGUGUAAUAUUCAAUAUUUAGCAAAAUGCAAGUAUAUGUUAAGGCAGGACAUUUAUGCAUGUAUGUAAUUUGUGUCAUCUGUGAAAUCUAUCAGAUUAACAAAGUAAGAAAUCUACUUAAAACAUUCAUACUACUUCAAGCAUUUACGCGAGGAAGUUGCAUAUCCAUACAUUGUGCAGUGGGACGCAUUAUGUGCACUUGGGUAUGACAUUGUCAUAUUGCUCUUAUAAAUAAUCAUGAAUGUAGGAAUUUUAAAAAAUUUCAGAUGAAAGAUUAUGUUCUGAUAUGAAUUUCAAAUGGACAACUCAAUUUAAACUACAUGUACUAGGAAUCCAUUAUGAUGUAGAUUUAAAUAAAAUUUUGAAAUUGAACUUAUGACAAAAAACUUGUGAAGAUUAAGUGGAGUAAACGAAAGUUGACUUCAAUACUUAUCAUUUCCAUUAGUGGAACUCUUCAAAUUAAAGGCGCGUAAAGUCGUGCUACCGGGACAACAUGUAUGUAAACACAUUACUUAGGCAUACGUAAUAUAAAUUAUGGUAUCGAAUACAUGCAUUGUUAGCUAACCUUCCUGUGUUAAUUUUCCCGUGAGGAUCCGGUUUAGGUCCUCAGUACCCUUGCUUGUCGUAGAAGGCGACCAAAUGGGGUGGACCUUUGGAUGAGACCACAAAAACCGAGGUUCCGUGUCACAGCAGGUGUGGCACGAUAAAGAUGCCUCCCUGCUCAAAGGCCAUAAGCGCCGAGCAUUUAUAAGCCGAAAUAUUGCAGCCCUUCACCGGCAGUGGUGACGUCUCCAUAUGAGUGAAAUAUUAUCGAGAGGGACGGUAAACAAUAUUCAAUCAGUCCUGUGUUAAUUGUGUGGAAUAUAUGAUAUAUUCUUGAUAAAUAUAGAAAAGAAUAAACAAGUAGAAAUAACAUGUUCAACUUUUGAUAAUACAAUUCAAACUAUGUCAAUUACAUUUAUACCCCCCCCCCCCCCCCCUGAAAUGCACCACAUUUAAUUUGUUUUAUUUAUGUUGAAAUGAAGUUUAAAUUUUAUAUUUAAAACAACAAUAAGAUAUGUACUCUACGGGUUAUUUAGAAAUAGUAUACCGAUACCAAAACAAGAUCAUAUCCCGGCCAGCUAACCAACCUUGUCACCCCCUCCUCUGAUUAAAAAAGCCAGGGAAAAUAAGAAAAAUAAAGUAAAUAUAAAAAAGGUUAAUAUUUUUUUAAAAAUGUUAUCGAGUAUUCAACACCACUAACAUAAAUAAAUCUUUAUCAUAUAAUUAGGACAUGUUCAUAUGGCAUGGACUUUGUAAUCAUACAAGUACACCCCCCCCCCCCCCCCCCCUCAAUUCCCAUAUUUUAGAACAAGUUAUAUAUAUUCCAAACUGCUAAUGGGUUUCCAAACUGCAUCGAAGCUAUUUUGAAAAUUACAAAAUAUUGAUGGACUUAGGACAGAGAGCAUCGUUCUUUGGAAUUUUUGAAAAUAGGUGUGGUGGAGUUUUAAAAAACAUGUAACAUCUUUAAUAAAAUAGUGUUAGAAUAUUUCAAAAAUGCAGUUUGAUCAAUGGUUAUUUUAUUUAAAAAUACAACAUGUAUUUUAACUCUUAAAAGGGGGGGGGGGUGCUAUGAACGUUUCGUUUAUGUCCCAGUAAUCUCGCACUUGCUCGCGAGACUUGUGCAUUUUCUUACCAAUGACGCACAAGAGUCAUCAAAGCGCGAUAACUCUAACGAGCUGGUAAUGAAAAGUAUUGGGAAAAUAACUCAAGUGAAAUCACUCCUAAUCUCACAACUAAAUAAUUUAUUUAUUGCCUUACCAAACCUAAAGAGUGCUUUCAUAAAAGAACUUAAUACUAUUUUAUUUGAAUUUGUCUGGAAUUCAAAAUCUGAUCAAAUUAAAAGAAAGGUGGCCACAAAACUAUGCAUAUGGGGGACUAAAAAUGGUUGAUCUAGAUUGUUAUAUCAAUGAACUAAAGUUGACUUGGAUAAGGAGAUUGGUUAUGGAGGACAACUCAAAAUGGAAAAGUCUUUUUAAAAAUAAUGUAAACUUGGACAAAUUAAUAAAUACAGGUUCAGACUAUAUCUUACAGAUAGUUGAAAAUGUAAAAAAUUACUUUUGGAAAGAUGUCAUGGUGGCUUUUAAGGAAAUUUAAGAAAAAGUUGUCAUUAAAUCCUGGGAGGACUAUAUGAGCCAACCUUUAUGGAAUAAUCAUAAGUUCAAGAUAGAAAGUCGGUCCAUCUUCUAUAAAACAUGCCAUGAUAAAGGAAUAAAAAAUGUGCAUGAUCUACUUGACAAAAAAGGAAAAAUUCUAAAAUAUUUAAAGACAGAUUUAGCCUACAAAUGAAUUUUUAAAAACAUAUUUGGAUAUAGCACAAGUAGUAGCCACAGAUAUGAAAAAGUAUAACUUUACAAAUAAAGUAUCUGUGCAAAAACCCCUUAUCCCCUUGAAUAUCAAACUAUUCGUUUUAACAAAGAAAGGGUCAAAACAUAUUGUAUGAUACUCUCAAUAAAUCAGAUGCUAUACCCACAGGAAAAAAGAAUUGGAGUAGAUAUUUCAUUACCUCUGAUAACCAAUGGAAGACAAUCUUUUACCUGCCAUUCUUGACAACAUUGGAUUCCAAAUUAUCAUAGUUUCAAUGCAGAGUUAACCACAACAUUUUAACUACUAAUAGCUACAUGUACAAAUUAGGUAGAGUAGAUUCUAAACUAUGUACCUUUUGUGAGAGGGAAGAAGAAACAAUUUAUCAUUUACUUUGGGAUUGUCCAAAAGUACAACAAUUAUUAUCAGAAUUUAUCAGAUAUUGCAAUUCAAAGGAGAUUGAAAUAAAAUUUGAUGUCAAAACUUUUAUAUUUAGUGAUACAAAACAGAGACAUUUCAGGUCAAACAAUGCAUUACUUAUAAAAUAACCAAAAAAUACAUAUACAUGUAUAGGAAUAGAUGCCAAAAAAAUCAGCUAACAGUUUUAAAAAGCCCUUCUAAAUGAUUGGAAACAAUAUUGUAUUAAAUCAACCAGUAUAUAGUUAUAAGGAAAGAAAUUAAUUAGAUACAUUUACAACGGACUAGGAAAAAUGGUCCCCAUUAGUCAACUGACUCCCUCCUCUCUCCCUCUUUCUCACAAAAAGAAAAUAAACAUUAUGAUAUAACUAUAUAUAUGUAUGCUUAUAUAUAUAUUCAUAUUCUCUUGUAUCUGCUUCAUUGCAAAUGUAUGUCAAUACUUUUGAUUUCCAUUAGUGGAACUCUUCAAAUUAAAGGCGCGUAAAGUCGUGCUACCGGGACAACGUAAACAUUAGGCACACGUAAUACGGCAUUGAAUACAAAUUAUAAAGAACUGCAAACCACAACACUGAUCAGAAUUAUAAAGUUGAAAUAAAUAAAAUUAUGUUAACAAGAAAAAAGACAAACUUGUUAAACUAUGUGAGGGAGCACAGGUACUGAAUUUGCUAAAUAUGACAGAUAUAAAAGCAUCAACUGCAAGAGCAAGAAGAACUGUAAAGGAAAAAACCAAUGCACAUCCAACAUAACGAAAUUUUCUUGCAAAUAAUGGGAUCCAUAUGCUUUUAAAUUUAUUCUCUCAGACUAUGAAGAUAUUUUAUCAUACAAUUAGCGCAGGUUCACAUGGCAUUGACUUUGUAAGUAUACAUGCACCCCCUCCUUUUCCAAUAUUUUAAAAUAAAUUAUCCAUCUGUCAAACUGCAUUUUAAAAAAAUUGUGACAUUUAUAACACUAAUGAACACAACUGUUUUGUUUCCGAACUUCAUCUAAGAUAUUUCAUAAAUUACAACUGUCGAUGGAAUUCGAAUAGAAAACAUCGAUUUUUGAAAUAGAUGCGAUACAUUAUGUAGCGUUCAAAAACACGUUAGUUUUAUAUAUUAGUGUUAGUUUUUUGUGUUUUUUUAAAAUGUAAAUUGACUAAUGGCUAUUUUACCAUUUGACACCACGUUUUUUAAAAUAUAUAUAUAUAUAUAUUUAAAAAGGGGGGGGGGGGCUAUCAACGUUUUAAUUAUGUCCCGGUAAUCUCGCACUUGCUCGCGAGACAUGUUCAUUGACGCGCAAGAGUCAUCAAAGCGCGAUAACUCUGACGGGCUGGUAAUAGGAAGUAUUGAG